UAUGAGACAACAAAAGACGACAUUAAAGAGAAAUUAGCUAGGAAAGGAAAAAGGAGGAGAGGAGUCCUAUGCUAGAAGUAUAGGACUGUACUUUUUAUUUACGCAGUAAAUGUCCCUGUUGACGAAAUUACAAAUUGCAAAACCUCAUAAAUCCAAAAAGGUAGUGGAAACCCAAAACAAAAAGGCAAUACAACAACAAUGACGCAGUUCAUGCAACAACGUGGUAGCCAUAGCCAUGGCCAUGGUACGUAAACUUUAGUAAAAGCUUUAUAUACAUAUUCACACUGUUUAAUAACAUCAUCUAUACGCUUUAUCAAAAACAUCAUCAUCUAUACGCCAACAGUACCACACAAAUACAUAUCAACGGUUAACCUAGAGCCUUCAGUUUGAUGUACCGUUAGGUGUAUACGUGGACUUCUUACAAACUUCCAAAUGUUUUUUUAGAAAAGUUGUUGGGGUUAAGUAAUCAAUCUUUCUUUUAUUUUACGUGGCGUAUAAUCUUUUUUUCUUCAUAGAUGUAUCAACUCCAUCCAAGAAAAAGAAUAUACAUAUGAUCAAAAACACACACAAAAAAAAGAAAAAAAAAACAUAUAUAUAUAUAUAUAUCUAUGUAUAUAUACAUUAUAGUAUAUAAAGAGGUAGUUGGCGAACUGAUAAACUGCCAUAUUCCGACAUUAGAGACCAGUCAAACCAAAUAAGCGUCCUUAAUCCGUUAGCCCUUAUAACCCACACAUAACCCUUUGAGAUUUCACAUCCUAAAAACACAGAAAAAAAAAAAGAAAAAAGAAAAAAGAAAAAAUGGAAAUCAGAACAUUAAUGGAGUCGGUUGUUUCGGAGCUCGAAGGCACGCUUCUGAAAGACCUCGACCCAUUUUCAUACUUCAUGUUAGUAGCAUUCGAGGCGUCGGGUUUGAUCAGAUUCGCCUUGUUGUUAUCGUUGUGGCCGGUCAUUCAGGUUUUGAAAAUUAUGGGAUGCGAGGAAGCUGGGCUUAAGCUAAUGAUUUUCGUCGCUGUUUCUGGUCUCCGAGAAUCGGAGAUAGAAUCGGUGGCUAGAGCCGUGUUGCCAAAGUUUUACAUGGACGACAUGGAUAUGGAAGCAUGGAAAGUGUUCAGCUCGUUCGAUAAGCGAGUUGUGGUGACGAAGACGCCGAGGAUCAUGGUUGAGAGGUUUGUGAAGGAGCAUUUGAGAGCUGAUGAAGUUUUCGGGAGCGAACUUGUUGUGAACCGGUUCGGGUUCGCAACUGGGUUUAUAGAAGAUGGUGAUGAUGUUGGUCAGAAAAUAUCUCAACGUGUGGCUAAGAUGUUUGUGAAUGAACCACCUUCAACUGGAUUAGGACGUGCUUCAUUGUCUUCUUCUUUUUUGUCUUUGUGCAAGGAACAAAAACAGCCACCAUUCACAACCAACAAAAACCAUGAUCACCAAGUUCUCCGACCACUGCCGGUGAUCUUCCAUGACGGCCGACUAGUGAAGCGGCCCACACCCUCCACAGCACUCCUCAUCCUCCUAUGGAUUCCCUUAGGAAUCAUACUUGCAUUUGUCCGCAUCAUCAUCGGCUUGAUUUUGCCAAUGAGGGCCAUUCCCUACGUUUCCCGUCUAUUCGGCGGCAACGUUAUCGUCAAAGGCAAACCGCCGCCGCCUGCCUCCAACGGCAAUCCCGGUGUCCUCUUCGUUUGCACCCACCGAACCUUAAUGGACCCCGUUGUCCUCUCCACCGUGCUCCGCCGUAGAAUCCCAGCCGUCACUUACUCCAUUUCUAGACUAUCCGAAAUCCUGUCACCAAUCCCCACCGUCCGAUUAACAAGAAUCCGACACGUAGACGCCGAGAAGAUCAAGAGACAAUUAUCCAAAGGAGACCUCGUCGUUUGUCCGGAAGGAACGACAUGUCGUGAGCCAUUCCUGUUGAGAUUCAGCGCGCUUUUCGCUGAGCUGACCGACCGGAUCGUUCCGGUGGCGAUGAAUUACAGGGUAGGGUUUUUCCAUGCAACCACAGCUAGGGGUUGGAAAGGCUUGGACCCCAUCUUCUUCUUUAUGAACCCUAGGCCGAUCUACGAGGUGACCUUCUUGAAUCAGUUGCCUGCGGAAGCAACCUGUUCGGCCGGUAAAAGCCCUCAUGACGUCGCGAACUACGUGCAGAGAAUCUUGGCGUCCACGUUAGGGUUUGAGUGCACAAACUUCACCAGGAAGGACAAGUACAGAGUGCUUGCUGGGAAUGAUGGAACUGUCUCGUAUAUAUCUUUUGUUGAUCAGGUUAAGAAGGUUGUCAGCACUUUCAAGCCCUUCUUACACUAGCUAAUUAUUUUUCAUUUUUAUUUUUAUUUUUGGAUGAUUUUUAAUUCGGUGGUAUAUAAAAAAAAUGAAUAUUUUAUUAUGGUGGUUGUAGUUUUGUAAUUAAAUGGAUGGUGUUUGUAUUCUUUAAUUACCUUUUUCCUUUCUUUUUUUCACUUAUUAUUUGCUGGAAUUGUCAAAUAAAUUGUAUGAGAAUGAUUAAUGUUGAUAGGUCAUGUUAAUGUUGGUCAUUCCAGUUGAAUCAAGGAGAGUCAUAAUUGGCAAUAUUUUUCAAA